UGGUAAUUUAUACUAAACAAUUGUAAGAAUUACAAUUUUUAUUGAUGAACGCAACAAAGAAUAUAUUUUGAACAAAUAGCUUUCUAACGGCCUAACAACAAUGGGAAUAUAUGGUGUGUACAUUGUGUCAAAAUCAGGGGGAUUAAUAUUCAAUUAUGAUUACACUGUGCCAAAAAUCGAAACCGAACAAACAUUUGGUUAUCCAUUAGAUCUUAAACUAUCUUGUGAAAACAACAGGCUAUUGGUAUCGUUUGGUCAACGAGACAACAUCAAAGUUGGUCAUGUAUUGUUAGCAAUCAAUGGAGUUCCUGUUUCUGGUAGAAAACUGGAAGAUGGCAAAGAUGCCAUAGAAAUGUUGAACGAUGCCACCAAUUAUCCACUUAAUUUGAAAUUUGGCCGGCCAAAAAUGACUAUCAAUGAAAAGAUAUUCUUAGCCAGUAUGUUUUAUCCAUUAUUUGCCAUUGCAUCACAAUUGAGUCCAGAACCUAGGAGUUCUGGAAUUGAAACUUUAGAAGCUGAUACAUUUAAACUUCAAUGUUUUCAAACUCUGACUGGAGUGAAAUUUAUGGUUAUUGCUGAUCCAACACAUGUAGGCCUCGAACAACUUUUAAAAAAAAUUUAUGAAAUUUAUGCAGACUUUGCUCUCAAGAAUCCAUUUUAUUCCUUAGAAAUGCCUAUUCGAUGUGAAUUGUUUGAUUCUAAUUUACAAGCACUUUUGGAACAAGCAGAUAAAAAUGGUAUCAAUAGUUAAUAGUAUUUAAUAAGUACUAUAUUUUGAUCUAUAAUUGUAUUUAAAGAAAAAAGAAAACUAUAGGCAAAUGCCAUAUUCAUUAUAGUACUAUUCUACUGUUUCAAAUUAUUAAAAUACAGUGGUUUAAAACUAUAAUUGAAUUAUCCUUAUUCAAUACCU